CACCACCCUUUACCAAAAGAUUUACAGUUCCAGCCCUCCUCUUCCUGUAGCUUACCACUUUUCAUAACUACAAUGGCCGGCACUCAGCUCGACGCUCUCAAGCAGUACACUGCUGUCGUUUCCGACUCGGGUGACUUCGAGUCGAUCGACGCUUACAAGCCCCAGGAUGCGACAACCAACCCUUCGCUCAUCCUCGCCGCUGUCAAGCAGGAGAAGUACGCUCGUCUGAUUGACGUUGCUGUCAAGUACGCCAAGGAGCAGGGCGGCAACGACAAGCAGAAGCAGGUCGACCUUGCCUGCGACCGCCUCCUCGUCGAGUUCGGUGUCGAGAUCCUUAAGAUCAUCCCUGGCCGUGUCUCGACCGAGGUCGACGCUGCCCUGUCGUUCGACAAGGAGGCCACCAAGGCCAAGGCCAAGCACCUCAUCCAGCUCUACAAGGAGCAGGGCGUCGAGAAGGAGCGCGUCCUCAUCAAGAUUGCCUCGACCUGGGACGGUAUCCAGGCUGCCAGGGAGCUCGAGAAGGAGGACGGCAUCCACUGCAACCUCACCCUCCUCUUCGGCUUCGGCCAGGCCGUCGCCUGCGCCGAGGCUGGUGUCACGCUCAUCAGCCCCUUCGUUGGCCGCAUUCUCGACUGGUUCAAGAAGGCCGAGGGCAAGGACUCGUACGCACCCCACGAGGACCCUGGUGUCAAGUCGGUGACCAAGAUCUACAACUACUACAAGCAGCACGGUUACAAGACGAUUGUCAUGGGCGCUUCGUUCCGCAACGUCGACGAGAUCACCGAGCUCGCCGGCUGCGACUUCCUCACCAUCUCGCCUGCGCUCCUCGAGGAGCUCAAGAAGAAGCAGGGUGGCCUCGAGCGCAAGCUCUCGCCCGAGAGCGCCAAGAAGUCGGACCCCAUGGAGAAGGUCUCGUUUGUCGACGACCACGCCAAGUUCUCGUGGGCUCUCUUCGACGACACCAUGGCGUUCGACAAGCUCCACGAGGGUAUCCGCUCGUUCGACAAGGCCAACAAGGACCUGCGCGCCAUUGUCGAGAAGAAGCUGUAAAGUGGACAAGGGCCAAGUCAAGUGAAUUCUUAAAAGGAAGCGAUGGUAGUGGUUGUGUAUAUACAGGUCUCUCUUUCUCGCUCUGAUGAUUUAAACGAUUACCAUGAAAAGAA